AGAUUUAGCUUCUUCGAGAACUCCCUGUGGACCAUCAACCAGAAGCUCUCCAACAUCCUGGGCGAGAGCUUCAGUGAACGGGAGCCGGAGCAGCAGCCGUCCAUUGGGAGUGUAGAGUCAAAGGUCGUCCGGGUUCAACAGGCGUUCCGUGAGAUGGAAAGCAAGCUGGCCCACAUGCAGAGCGACAAGGAGAAGGCCUUGACCUUGCUGUUCCACGACAAGAAGACGAUGAACUUCACCCUGCUGCACGGCGUGCAGAAGUUCGUCAUGCAGGAGCAGAGAUACAAGUAUUCCCUGCUCAAAGACAUCGAUCGCUUGUCGAGGAAGCUCAGAGGUAUCAGCAGCAGGUGUCCGACGUCAGGUCUCUUCGCUCUCAGACAGUCUGCCGUCACAGGUAAACCCAAGCCGGAGACCAUUGACUACCGUUUCCUUAGCAACCACAUCUCCCUGCUGGAGGCGGAUGCCGAGCACAUGCAGAAGAAGAUAGGAUGGAAGGACGCCGAGAUCAAAUCUUUACAGGGGGAGGUCGUCGCCCUCAGGAAACGUUUUAAUUGUCCACGUGAUGAGGAUGCGAAUCAACAAUUCGAAGCGCAAUGCGAUUAACCUGAUGAAUGAACCCUUCCCCGUCCUUCUCUUCAACCACCGAGAAUUGGCGAGAAUGUUCGAGAUUUUACUUUUGAAGUCAACGACCUACACAUUACAGCACAUUAAACACUUAUGGUCGUUCUUCAGCCAUUUUAUUUUUUUUAAAGCUUUAUUUUAUACACUUUUUUUUACAAAUUUAAAAUGAGCCUUUUGAUAAAUAUUUACCAAAUAUUAACCAAAGUGUACUACAUUUUAAUUAUUAAAGAAAUU